AUGCAACCAAAUACCCCGUCACAAGUGAAUCGGAAUAACUGCACACAGUCUCCAUUGGAAAAACAUUUUUACCCAAGAUCACAGGGUAUAUCUGAUCCAAGUUGUGCCCAAGUAAGCACUUGUUGUAUUUCAAAUAAUGGUAAAGCCAAGGGUUUGAUAAUUGGCUGUAAUUAUGUAGAUACGCAAGCUGUUAAGCUAAGUGGAGCUUGUAACGAUGCUGCAGCUUUUGCAAUAACCUUGGUCGAUUCUUUCCAUUUUAACCCGCGGGAUCUAUUUGUGCUAACAGACGAGCCAAGCAUCUAUGAUACCAAAAGGAAUGGGUAUACAAUUUCUAUACAAAAACCUACCAAGCGUAGCAUUUUGCUAGGGUUGCAGUGGUUGGUAAAGGGCUCAAAACCGGAUGAUUUGUUGAUAUUAUAUUUUUCCGGUCAUACCAUGCUAUGCGACGAUAUGUCUGGAUGGGAAGACGAAGGGUAUGAUGAGGCAUUGGUGCCUUGUGACUUUGUAUCCACCCGUUUCGGUGGAUCCUGCAAUGUAAUACCAACUAAGCAUAUUAAGGAAAUUCUGGUAUCUGCUGACCCUGAUUCUAAGCUUGUUGUUUUCCUAGAUACUUCCGGAGGGCAAACAAUUCUGGAUCCUUCUUCAGUGCCACAUCCUGUGUACACAUUUAUUAAGGGUUGUAAAUUACAGGGAAUUUGGCCAAUUUGUACUGCCACAGAUAAAGUUAAUUUACCAAAAUAUGACCUUAAAAUUUGGAAGGCGCCAGAAAUGGAGAAGGGUAAAUGUAGGCCAAAAUUUUUGCCUGCAACACAAGUAGAUAAUGUGGAAGAACUGAGAGAUCCAGUUUUACAAGCUGCAACGGGCGGCUGUUUUUCGGUUAAUAAGUGUUAUUGCUUGGCAGGAGCUAGGUGGUCACAAGUGGCUCUGGAAGCGCUAUUACCCCCUCUGGAAAAAGCUGAAGAACAAUUUAAAAAUGCCCCAAAAGUGGCAAAUAUCGGGGUCCUUCAUGGCGUAUUUACCCACUGCUUAAUAUGCGUGUUAAAGGUACUAAAGGACUUCACUUUCAAGGAAUUGGAGGCGGCCGUGGUUGAUCGGAUUGGCAAGAUGAAGAAGACGUACCUACCUCAAUUGGACCAAGUUCCCCAAGUUACUCUGCAAAAAGGCAGUGUUAGUGAUAAAUUUAUCACUCACCCAUACAACAUUCACAAUAAGCUUGUAGGAACGGAGUGUCAACAAGGUUGGCUCAAGUAUGAGCUUGUUGAAACUUUACUCAGCUAA